UGACACGUGCCUCCGUCCGGUCCUCGGCCUCAUCGUGCUUUGAGUUGAGCGGACGGGGCUUUUGCCGAUGAGACAGUUGAGCUGGUCGGGUGGAACGGUCUUCCAUUCGGAGUUUUUCGUCAUUCGCUCAUUGCCGAUGCAUCCCUAUUCGCAGCUGAGCAGGAUGAGUCUCGGGUCAAGCGAACGACGAGACUCACAUCGCAUGUGCUAGGUCUUUUUUUUAACUGUCAGGAAACUCCACAGUUAUAAAAUAGCAAGUCUUGAAACUAAUUACUUGGUCAUUGAUAUAGCGACUCUGCAUCUGCCUCCCCUCAAGCAGCAGCUCGAGAAUCUCACACUUUACUGCAUGUGUUUUGUGAUGAGCUCAAUCGCUAGCGUCCUCGUCUGUAGAAAUAGGAGCUGAUAGCGGUGGAACAACCGAAAUAAAAAAAAAUGGCUGGUCUGGAGGAGUCAACCGCGGUGGUUAUCCUGGCUAUCUUCGCCUGCGUGUUCUGGGUGUGCGCCGCCUACGCUGCGUACCGGGUAUGGCGGCGGAGGAAGGAGAUCAGAGAACUGGAGAGGCUUAGAGAGCUGCGCAGGGAAAGCCGACGGAGAAAGCGGGCCGAGGGCGGUGGCCAAGCCGAGCAGGAUGAUGACGAUGAAAUUGAUGAUUGGGACGACGAUGAAUUCGAUGACUUUGGUGACAUCUACACGAGUCCAACGGCAGGUAUUGAGAGCAAGGGGAUACGGAACACGGUUGGCAGAGGAGACUCGUUUGCUUCACUUCGUUCAGACAAGUUGCCACUUGGGCUGUUCAACAGAGCCUUUGAGGAUAAUCUGGAGGCUCUGGCAGGGCAGCCAAAUGACUACGAGGACGUCCAGGCAGAAGCACCUGCUGCAAAAGGAGGUGGCAUCCACCGCUCUAUUCGUAACAUGUCGGUGCGCUACGAGCGUGGCAAGGAGAUAGCACAGUAA